AUAAUGAACAUUAGGAGGAGCUAUCCAUAGAACAUCGGUUGCCAUAUCACCGUCGAAUGAGUUCUGUAGAAGGUAUGGGCGACGGGAGCUGCAACAAGAAGCACAUAAUUCUCGUCCAUGGCGCUUGCCAUGGAGCAUGGUCUUGGUACAAGGUGACGACCCUGUUGAGGUCCGCUGGGUACCAGGUUACGGUGCCGGACCUCGCGGCCUCCGGCGUCGACGAGCGGCGGUUGGAAGACCUGCGAACGUUCACCGACUACUCCCAGCCGCUCCUGGACAUAUUGGCCUGCCUCCCACCUGGUGAGAGGGUCAUUCUGGUAGGCCACAGCCUCGGAGGCCUCAACAUAGCUCUGGCUAUGGACAGGUUCCCUGAGAAGAUCGCCGCCGCGGUCUUCGUCACCGAUACCCUCGCGCUCUGAACGAGCAGGGGGGGACUGAAGGGGAAGGACGAAGGAGAGAACACAUCAGUUAGACACCUCAAACUCUUCUUCUUUCUACCCCCUCCAUCAUCUACUGACUCGAUCGUCGGAGGGGUCGGGUCGAGCCUCCCGACCCAACCUGUGUGCAGGACUACAGACGGAGGGCGUGCCCGGCCGAGGAGCCCCCUCCGGCGGAGACGGCUGACCACGUCCUGAUCGGACCGCCGCAGCCGACCCCCUCAACGAGCCCGAGGGCCGCACCGAGAGGAUCCCACCUUCCGGACUUGAACCGAGCCGCGUCGGCCACGAGGCCACGGCUCCAAGCUAUUUACCACGACACUUUAAAAAAAAAUCUUUACAUAUAAACUCAAGUUUUCCUAUGAUCAUCAGUGAAGAGCAUGGGAAGGACGGGUGGUGAAGGCCGCGAACGAAGUGAACGCCAGGCUACGUUCCCAUCGUCCCCCCUUUGCGGCCGUGCGCAUUCCCCGCGGAUCUUCCCUUCCGUUGCGCUCUCUCGUUCCGGCAGGUUGGCGCAGUCAUGUUUUGCCUUCCUAUUCCCUUUCUCUUAUUUAUAUAUACACCCCGUCCCCCUUCUCCAACCUUUGCUCCUCCCAGCCUCCGCCUGCUGCUCUUCUCUUCGUAUUUCUUCUUCAUACAUUCUUCUCGUCCAAAGAAUUACUUGUUCAUCGGCCAUUCUCCCCUUGAUGGGGGAGGGAAAAGACAGCAGCGGUGGCAGUGGGCACGGAGCCAUGCACGCCAACGUGCCGAUGCCGCACUCGGACCCGCUCAUUCACCAUUCGUCAGCUGACGAUGACUACUACGCGCGGCACAGCAGCUCCUCGGCCACGGCCAGCUCCGGGUACUACUCGGACCACCCCACGGCCGCGAGUGGUGACAGCUCCCCCUUCGUCAUGUCCCCCUGGCAUCAGAGCGCCCCUUAUCCCCCCUGCGACCCCGCCUCCGCUGACGCCGCCGCGCUUCCCUGCACGGGGCUCAUAGGCUCCCUGGUGCGGGAGGAGGGCCAUAUCUACUCGCUCGCCGCCAUCGGCGACCUCCUCUACACGGGCUCCGAUAGCAAGAACAUCCGCGUGUGGAAGAACCAGAAGGACUUCGCCGGGUUCAAGUCUAGCAGCGGGCUUGUCAAGGCCAUCGUCAUCGCGGCCGACCGCUUAUUCACCGGACACCAGGAUGGCAGGAUCCGGUCGUGGAGGGUGUCCCCGAAGGACGCCACCGUGCACAAGAGGAUCGGAACUCUUCCCAGGCUCAAGGACGUCCUCCGGAGCUCUCUCAACCCGUCCAACUACGUCGAGAUCCGCCGCAACCGCAGUGCGCUCUGGAUUCGCCACUCCGACGCCAUCUCGUGCCUCAGCCUAAACGAGGAACAGGGGUUGCUUUACUCCGGAUCCUGGGACAAGACCUUCAAGGCGUGGCGGAUCUCCGACUCCAAAUGCCUGGAGUCCGUCGUUGCCCACGACGACGCCGUUAACUCCGUAGUGGCCGCCUUCGACGGGCUCGUCUUCACCGGGUCCGCCGACGGCACCGUCAAGAUGUGGCGAAGGGAGAAGCACGGGAAGGGCACCAAGCACACGCUAGUGGAGACUCUCCUCAAGCAGGAGUUCGCCGUUAAUUCGCUGGUAGUCAGUCCCACGGCGCCCAUCGUCUACUGCGGCUCUUCAGAUGGACUCGUCAAUUUCUGGGAGGGGGAGCACCACCCGACCCACGGCGGGGUACUCCGAGGCCACAAGAUGGCAGUGCUGUGCCUUUCCGCGGCCGGGAGCCUCCUGCUGAGCGGCUCCGCGGACAAGACCAUCUGCGUGUGGAGGCGCGAGGGCGCGGCACACACCUGCCUGUCUGUGCUCAGCGGACACUCCAGCCCCGUCAAGUGCCUCGCGAUGGAGACGGAAGCCGGCAGCGAGGAGAACGGUGGCAGCUACGCCGCCGCGAGGUGGAUCGUGUACAGCGGCAGCCUCGACAAGUCGGUGAAAGUGUGGCGGGUGUCGGAGCAGGCGCCGCUGGAAUUGGAGCAGUCGGGGGCAUACCGGGGGAGCAACAGCGGCGGAAGCAGCGGUGGCACCGGACAAGCCUAUGGUGGGUCGGUGGGCCAAGAAUUCGAGAUGCCGGUGGAGCAACUACGAGCCGCCGCAUGAGAUCUACAUGCGAUGGCGCUUAUGACUGCUGCAAAGCGGGAGCCCUCUUCCUGUGAUUCGAGGCUGAUCGUUGUGUGUGUUCCGGACUUGAGAAUUCGUGCUGCCUUGUUGUUUUCAUGUAAUCGACUGAGUUGAGGGCGAUCGGGAUGUUUGGUGUACGCAGAACAAUACGAGUUGGAUGAUUAAUUAACGAGCGAACUCUUUGAGGGACACUGUCACAGAA